AUGAGCGGGGGUCGCUUCGAGUUCGACGACGGUGGAGCUUACUGCGGCGGCUGGGAGGGGGGGAAGGCCCACGGCCACGGCAUCUGCACCGGACCCAAGGGCCAGGGCGAGUUCUCCGGCUCCUGGAACUACGGCUUCGAGGUGGUGGGGGUCUACACCUGGCCCAGCGGGAACACCUACGAGGGCUACUGGUCGCAGGGGAAGCGUCAUGGGCUGGGAGUGGAAUCCAAGGGACACUGGAUUUACAAAGGGGAAUGGACUCAUGGCUUCAAGGGGAGAUAUGGCGUCCGGCUCAGUGUGGGCAGCGGAGCCAAGUAUGAGGGGACGUGGAAUAACGGACUUCAGGAUGGAUACGGGACAGAAACCUAUGCUGACGGAGGAACUUUCCAGGGUCAGUUCACCGGUGGGAUGCGGCACGGUUAUGGCGUUCGUCAGAGCGUUCCCUACGGCAUGGCGGCGGUCGUCCGCUCCCCCCUUCGUACGUCUCUGACCUCCCUGCGCAGCGAGCACAGCAACGGCACCGUCCUGCAACAAGACAUCCCGCUCAUCACCACCACCAACGCCUCCGGGGAGGAGACGCAGGUCGCCAGCCCCACCCACCUGGGACCGUCCCGCGGCGGCUUCGCCCUCACGCUCCAGGUGGACCCCGAGGCCAUGAAACCCAAGAAGAAGGGUCUGUUCCGCAGGGGGUCUCUGCUCGGGAAGCUGAGGAAGUCCGACUCCAGCACCUCGCUCUCCAGCCAGAAGAGCAAGCUCAGCUUCCUGAGGACAGAAUCCGCUCUGAGCUCCAACGCCAGCGACACCAACUCCACCAUCAGCAUCGGGGACGACAGCCUGGCCGGGGCCGAGGACUUCCCCCCCGUGGAGGCCGACAUCGACGCCACCACCACGGAGGUCUACAUGGGCGAGUGGAAGAACGACAAGCGCUCGGGAUACGGAAUAAGCGAGAGGUCGAGCGGGCUGAAGUACGAGGGCGAGUGGAUGAACAACCAGAGACACGGCUACGGGAGCACCACCUUCGCAGAGGGAGGGAAGGAGGAGGGCAAGUACAUGAACAACAUGCUGGUGAAAGCCAUGAAGAAGAGGGUGAUCCAGCUGAAGGGAACCAAGAUCAAGCAGAAGGUGGAGCGAGCGGUGGAGGGAGCUCAGAGGGCGGCGGCCAUCGGCAAGCAGAAGGCCGAGAUCGCUGCUUCCAGGACGACCCACGCCAAGGCCAAGUCGGACGGAGCGGAACAGUCGUCUCAGGCGUCCAACAGCGAGUCCAGCAUCGCCCGGGUGGUCGCCAAGGAGCUCUCCCCCUCCUUCUACCAACCAGGUCCUGAGUAUCUGAAGAAGAGGAUGUUCCAGGAGGUGGUGGAGGGCAGCGAGAACACAGACAUUGUCAUGCAUGAGCCGCUGUUGUCUGAGGAGGAGCCCCCGCCGACCCCGCCCGAGAGCCCCCUCAUGAAUGAACUGGACAGCCUCAGGCCUGGCUCUUCUCAUGGCCGCACGCCCUCCCCCAGCCCGGGCAUCAUCAGCAAGGAAGACCCUAAACUCCUCCGUCCAGGAAGCUGGAACGAAGACAGAAACAGUAAAGGUGGUGGCAGCAAAGGAAGCAGUAAAGCCAACAGCCGGUCCAGUAGUCGCCCCACCACCCCUUCAAACCCUGCUCCAGCUGCCCCUGAAGGAGGGGGGGGGCCCAGCAGCCGCGGACCCUCUCGGACCCCCAGCCGUCAGAGCAGCAAGAACGAGCAGGGCUCCGACCUGGAGAUCAAGCCCCUGCAGAAGUUUGAGUCAGAGUCGAAAGCUCCGGACGCGUCUCCCGUGGCCCCAGUAAGGAACAGCCACAUCUCCCACCAUGAUGAUGAUGAAGAAGAAGCUCCGCGCCCCCCCUCUGCCAGGGCGCCCAAAGCUGUCCCCCCCGAGCCCAAACCUGCAGAGAUCCAACCUGAGAGAGCCCCAUCCGUCCCGGAGCCAGCGCCCUCCGUCUCUGAGGACAAGGUGGAGUCCAGGGAGGUGAACAGGCCGUCCAGCAAAGCAGAGACAAAGCCGGUACCGAUACGCCAACCCAGCCCAGCUCCGGUACCGAUACGCCAACCCAGCCCAGCUCCGGUACCGAUACGCCAACCCAGCCCAGCUCCGGUGGAAGCCGCCGUUGCUAAACCGGCUCCGAAGGUGGAUCCCAAAGUGGAAAAUCGACUGAAGCCCAUUGUGUCCAGCCAGUGUGACGAGUCUCUGGAGCUGGAGGGCCCGAACACCAUCCUGAUCUGCAUGGUGAUCCUGCUCAACAUCGGCCUGGCCAUUCUCUUCGUACACAUUUUGUCAUGA